AUGUAUAGAAAAUAUUUUGAUCCAUUGGAUUAUAAUUUAUCGGCUGAUUUUCGUUUAACGAAAUUAUCCGAUCUUAAAGCCGAUAAAAACGGCUAUGGUGAUGGACAACAUCACCAAGGACUCAUACCUGAGUCCAAACCAACACCGGUGGUCGGAAUUGGUCUUGAUUCAUGUGUUAUUCCAAUACGUCAUGGAGGACUUUUUCUGGUACAAUCAACUGCUUUUUUCUAUCCAUUAGUCGAUGAUCCAUAUGUAAUGGGAAAAAUUGCAUGUGCAAAUGUAUUAAGUGAUGUUUAUGCAAUGGGAGCUGUUGAAGUUGAUAAUAUGUUAAUGUUAUUAAGUACAAGUAAUAAAAUGACUGACAAAGAACGAGAUAUAAUAAUGCCAUUGAUUCUUCAAGGAUUUAAAGAAUGUGCUGAAGAAGCAGGUACAACUGUACAAGGUGGUCAAACGGUAAUUAAUCCAUGGUUAAUUGUUGGUGGUGUUGCAACUGCUGUAUGUACACAAAAUGAAAUCAUCAUACCAGAAAAUGCUAUUGUUGGUGAUGUAUUAGUAUUAACAAAACCAUUAGGCACACAAGUUGCAGUAAAUGCUCAUCAAUGGCUUGAAAAUCCUGAUCGAUGGAAUCGUAUUAAAUCUGUUAUAACCGAAGAUGAUGUUCGUAAAGCAUAUCAACGUGCAAUGAAUUCAAUGGCAAGAUUAAAUAAAAUUGGUGCAUCUCUUAUGCAUAAAUAUAAUGCACAUGCAUGUACAGAUGUAACUGGUUUUGGUCUAUUAGGUCAUGCUCAAAAUUUAGCUAAACAUCAAAAACAUGAUGUUUCAUUUGUUAUACAUAAUUUACCAAUAAUAGCUAAAAUGGCAACAAUAAGUAAAGCUUGUGGUAAUGCAUUUGGUUUAUUACAAGGUACAAGUGCUGAAACAUCAGGUGGUUUACUUGUGGUUUUACCACGUGAACAAGCAGCAGCUUAUUGUAAAGAUAUUCAAGCACAAGAAGGUUAUCAAGCAUGGAUUAUUGGUGUAGUAGAAAAAGGUGGUCGAACAGCAAAAAUUAUUGAUAAACCAAGAAUUAUUGAAGUACCAGCAAAAGAUACUGAAGGUGAAUUAUGGUAA